AAGGACGACUUCGCCUAGAGUAAUGUGUUUGCAAUAUAUGAUAACAAUUGAAAGCAGCAAUGGGAUACAUAAGCUUGAAUGGAAAAGAGGGCAAAUCUGUCCUGCGAUAUUGGCCUGAAAUUAAACCAGUCUUGUGUGAAGACAGUCAGGAUAACGACCAGUGUAAUGAAGGUGCCGGUGAAAUACUGGAUAUGUUUUACCGUCUUGCAAUGCAUCCUGUUCUUCUAUCUCUUUUCCGAUUUCGAAAUAUCAAAUCAUGGAACAGGAAAAUCACUCAAGAAACAAACACCUUCCAUCACAUUAUUCACAGGAUGGAAAACGUUCCCAGCAAGAUAUGCAGUAUUUAACAACACAUUACGCAAUUGGCCUUCACUACAACCUCACGUGAAACUAUAUCUCUUCACCAACGAUUUCAUACCGGGUUUAAAAGAGUAUGAAAAGUUAGGAUGGACGGUGCUGCCAGUACUGAGAGAAAUCGAAGGUCAUGCCGUUAUAAAAGAUUUAUUCCAAAGAGUCAUGCAACUACAACCAGACUCAAAACUAUAUGCACUUGUUAACGGAGAUCUUCUUUUAACUAAUUCAUUCCUGAAAAAUUUACAUGACAUUAUCGAAUCUCCUUUUCUUAACAAUAAAACGUUUUUCCUAACUGGAAGGAAAUUGAAGAUUCCAAACGUAACACGAGAGGAAGCAAGUUCAUGGGAGAACAUUGAAAGAGCUGCGAAGAGGGGAGUUUUGGAUAAACCAUAUCUGGGAAUAGAUUAUUACAUAACUCCCCCAAGUUAUCAUUGGCGUCUUAUCCCAGAUUUGCAGUUUUUACGUCCCCAUUACGAUACCUGGAUGAUUUGGGACGCUCGAAGAAUGGGCCUUGUCGUGAUCGAUGCCACUAACACUCUCUUAGCACCCCAUCAAAACGCACCACACCCUAAAAAUCCUGUUGCGAACGACAAUAACAUGAAGUAUAUAGUAGCUUCCCGUUCAGAACUCGCUGCCAAAGGAGCCAUCUAUUGCUGUGAGUUUGAAACGAUAUUAGUAAAUGGGACAGUAACGGUACAAAAACGGAACAAUAUACCAAAAGGAUGCAUAUUUUGAUUACUACGCCGAUGAAGAUGUUGAGAUCGUUUACAUAGAAGAAAAUAUUAUUUUACUAUCGCAAAACCAACACGUUAUUACGCAAACUUACGCAUUGUUUCGCGAAAGUAACGCGUUGAACUGGUAUAACACGAUGAAUUGCUUUACGAGUAUUAGAUUAUCUCUAUAAUACGAAGACGUAAAUUAAUCUCUUUGUAUGAAAAAUGUCAGUAUGUCGACAUCGUGUAUGUCGAUUUGACUACAUCUUACUAAGCUAUUUGCAAGUUAUCUGUCCACAUGCUUAAGUGAUGUCACAACUUGUCGUAAAUUCUGGCAGUAAAACAAAAUGUUAGGAUAUAGAAAGUUUAAAACUGAUCAACGGAAACUUUUUGAUUAUAAAACAACUGAUCAUCUUACUCAAGUCGUAUAGAUAAAAUGAUAAAAUGUUAUCCCUCUCGAGGUCAUUGUUAACAGUUUGUUGAAGAAUAAUGUAAACUUUUUUUUUUUUUUUUUUUACAUAUUUGAUCCUUGAGACCUUAGUCAAAUGACUGAAUAACCGUGCCAUUCUGUUUCCAAGGAAACCUUUUAAAACCUUACUGGCGGAGUUUAAAUCGUCGUAUUUAAGGCGAAAACUAGCUUAUACAGUAAAACCCCACUUACUCGAACCCAGUUUAUUCGAAUUAGCCACUGUGCUGACAAGAGUGAUUAUGUUUUUGUGUUAAACCAUGUAACGGAAUGGUGAUAUAAUGUUGUAAACUAAAAGCGAGUUCUCGAAAUUUAUAUUUGUUCUAUGUGGUUAUGUUUUAUUGCAUAAUUAGUAUCAUUUGAUAUUAUUUUGUUAUCGGUUACAAUAUCAAUAGUUAUGCAAUAGUAAUAUACAUACGAAUAUAUAACCGGAAGCAUAUGUAUACGAACAUUAACGAUGCGCAGUAAGUAGAUGUCUGAUCCGGUUCCUUCCUUUAUCUGUCCAUCGUAGCUAACCCUAACUAAUGUGUAUACAUUUUUGAUGCCUUAGAUCUUAUUAAAUGUUGUAAACCUGAA